AUGUCACUCUCCACCGUAGAACAACUACAUGAUUUCCAUUCUCAAGACAGAGAGAUAUUCGCUAAACUGGUUUUAAAAUUCUCAAGAGCCCCAGCUGAGUCCCUUCUCGUCAUGGCCACAUGGUUUUGGCUUGAAAACUUUGGCUUUAAACAUAUCUUCUCAGUCAUCAUGUCUCUCAGCGAUCCUUUAAUUAUAUCUCUUGCUGACGAGGCUGUCUCGUGCUUCCGGUGCCUUGAGUUUAACAAACCACCAAAUGGCUUUAAACAGAUCCCUCUCACUGCAAGAUUCAUGGAAAAAGAUAUAUCUCUUCAAAUAAUCUACAAAUAUCGAUACAGUGCCAUCAUAGGAAUCAAAAAUUUCCUAAGCACUGUUUGUUCUAGAAUUUUCUCCGAUAUAAUUCAAAGAGCUCUUCUGUGUCCUUUAUCAUCCUCCAAUUUCAGCAGACUCUGCAGCCCUCUCAACAUCCCUGGCUUCCCUCAUCCAACUUUUGGGAACAUCGUCGUGAUGCCUCAUGUUGUUUGCUGGAAUAAUAUCCCCAACAACAACCCAUCCCUGAUCCCUAGUGAUCUUUGGGGUUGGCAUACUACAUGCAUCGCAACUGAGAAUGAUCGAACCAUAUUUCUAACGUUUUCUCGUGGGUUUUCAGUGUCAGAAGCGGAAGUGAAGAAACUCUUCACCCAAAAAUAUGGAGAAGGUUGCGUUGUAGGCGUUUUCAUGCCAGAUGUUAGUGGAAACUCCUUCAACAAAAAUGGUCAGCAACAAUCACUAUAUGCAAGGCUCGUCCUGGACUCGGUCGUUACCGUGGAUCGCAUACUCAAAGGCAAUAGUCUCAACAAGUUUGAUUGGUCUGGAAAACAUAUUUGGGCUCGUAAGUACAAAAAGAGGCGUAAAAGGUUUUGA